GAAUAUAGAUAGUAUUGAUAGUCAGAGAAAGAAAAGAAAAAAGAAAGAAGAAACGCAGCAGAACGGCGGAACAGAACGCAAAAAGAAAAAGAGAGAAGAGACGGCAACGCGCGCGUCCACUCUCCAGCUGGCGGCAGAGCUCUCUCCAUCAGUUACUGGGCGCCACCAUCGUGUAAAGGUUUCAGCUUGGCAUUUGCACAAACAUCUGUAUACAUGUAGGUUCAUUCCAGAAACUAGCCAAAAACUCUCUCAAAAGAUCCCAUGAAAAACCCUGUUCAAACCUUGAAGAUCCUUUUGAACAAUCCCUCUGUCAUCAAAACGAGCUCCCAAGCCAAACAACUCCAUGCCCAUACCAUCAAACUUAGAGGAGGAGGCAUUUCGUCUCCUGAAUUCACUACUACUAUUCUCUCCAUCUAUGCCAACUUUAACCUUUUGCAAGAGUGCAUCUCACUCUUCAACACAUACCAGUCACCUCCCCCAACCAAGGUUUGGAAAUCCAUCAUCAAAUGCUGUGCUUCCAGUGGCAAGUUUGUGGAUUCCGUGACUUUUUUCAAGAAAAUGAGGGCUUUGGGGAAAAUCCCAGACAGGAAUGUCUUCCCUUCUUUGCUGAAAACUUGUACCCAUUUGAGGGAUAUGAGGUUUGGGGAGGCUGUGCAUGGAUGCGUGGUCAGGCUUGGUUUGGAGAGCGAUCUUUUUACUGGGAAUGCGUUGAUGAAUAUGUAUGCAAAGUUGGAGUCUUUGGAUGCUGGGAAUGUGUUUAAUAGUGGUUCUGAACUAAAAGGAACAUUCAGAUUCAACAAAGAUGUGAAUCAGACUGAAAAUCCACUUGGAUUUCUACAAGAUUCAGGAGAAACAGUUGAAAACUUCAGUAAAGAGGUUGACUGUUUGAAGGAAAACAUGAGAAAUGAGUUGGCUCAUAGUUGUGGAGAAAACAGGGUUUUUGAUUGUAGGAGUGAUUUGAUUGAUUCUGGUGGUUCAUGCGAUGUCAACAUAUAUGGAAGGCGAUUGACAACUGUUCAUCAGAAAGCUAUUUUCAACGAUAUUGUGAAGAAUCAGUUGGAUGACAGAGGUGGGAAGAUAGAAGUUGGUGGUAGUUCAAAGGAGAAAAAGAAGGGAGCCUUUCCUGCAGAUAGUGUUAGGAAAGUUUUUGAAACCAUGCCAGUUAGAGAUGUUGUCUCAUGGAACACAGUUAUUGGAGGACAUGUGGAAAAUGGGAUGCAUGAGGAAGCUUUGUUGGCAUUGAGGGAAAUGGGAAAGGCAAACCUGAAACCUGAUUCUUUCUCUUUGUCUAGUGUGCUUCCAAUCUUUGCACAGUAUGUUGAUUUCAUGAAGGGAAAAGAGAUUCAUGGAUACACCAUUAGACAUGGUUUUGAUGAAGACAUAUUUAUUUCAAGUAGUUUGAUUGAUAUGUAUGCAAACUGCACACGAUUGGAAGACUCAUACAGGGUUUUCAGUUUAUCUCCUCACAAGGAUAGUGUUUCAUGGAAUUCGAUAAUCGCAGGUUGCGUCCAGAAUGGAAGUUUUGAUAAUGGAUUAAAAUUGUUUAGGGAAAUGUUGAUGGCUGAUAUUGAGCCUGUGGCUGUUUCAUUUUCAAGUAUAAUGCCAGCCUGCGCGCAUUUGACAACAUUAUGUUUGGGUAAGCAGCUCCAUGGCUAUAUUAUUAGGCGGGGGUUUGAUGAUAAUGUCUAUGUUGCUAGCUCUCUCAUGGACAUGUAUGCAAAAUGCGGUAACAUAAAGAUUGCAAGGUGGAUUUUUGAUAAAAUGGAGGUUCAGGAUACUAUUUCAUGGACAGCCAUGAUAAUGGCAUAUGCAUUGCAUGGCCAUGCCCCUGAUGCCAUUUUGUUCUUCGACAAGAUGGAGAUAGAGGGAGUAAAACCUAAUUCUGGAUCCUUCCUUGCUAUUUUGACAGCUUGUAGUCAUGCUGGAUUGGUUGAUGAAGCUUGGAAAUAUUUCAGGAGUAUGACUCAGAAUUAUGCUAUUCCACCAGGUGUAGAGCACUAUGCUGCUGUCUCAGAUCUUCUUGGUCGAGCAGGAAGACUAACUGAAGCUUAUGAGUUUAUCUCUAACAUGCAUAUUAAACCAACAGGAGCAAUUUGGUCCACCUUGUUGUCUGCUUGCCGAGUUCAAAAGAAUGUUGAACUGGCUGAAAAGGUUGCCAAAAAUAUGUUCAUAAUUGAUCCUCAUUAUGUGAGUACUUACGUUCUCUUAUCCAAUGUUUAUGUUGCUGCUGGAAGAUGGAAAGAUGCAGCAAAAUUGAGGAUUACUAUGAGGAAGAAAGGGAUAACGAAGAAAGCAGCUUGUAGCUGGAUUGAAGUUAAGAACAAGGUGCAUGUUUUUGUGUCAGGGGAUGAAAACCACCCAGAUUAUCCACAGAUAAACCAGGCACUGCAAGAUCUUAUGGAACGGAUAGAAUUGGAAGGUUAUAUUCCAGACACGAAUGUGGUGCUGCAUGAUGUUGAUGAGGAGCAAAAAAGAUACGUGUUGUCUGCUCAUAGUGAACGACUUGCAAUAGUUUUUGGUGUCAUUAGUACUCCUGAUGGAACAACAGUUCGUGUCACCAAGAAUCUGAGAGUAUGCGUGGACUGCCACACUGCCACGAAAUACUUGUCCAAGAUCCUAAAGAGAGAGAUCAUUGUUAGAGAUAUUGUCCGAUUUCACCAUUUUAAGGAUGGAAAAUGUUCCUGUGGGGAUUAUUGGUGAGAGCAGUGUUGGAUUUCAUCAGAAAAUACAUUUCCAUCUCCUACUAAAAAGGCAGGAAGGAAGAUCACUGGUCAGGCAGUGUAAGAGCUGCUCUAUUUUAUGUUGUAUGUUCCAUCCAUAUCGCAAUUCUAUUCAUUAAAUAUGCCCUUUGGUGAUAUAAAAUUUGCUUUCUCUGGUGCAAACUCACGGAUUAUUUUUCCUAUUAGUACAGUUAUAAAAUCUUGAAAGAAGUAUGCCACCUUCAGGAUGAUAAAGGUUGCAUCUUCAAGUGCUCGUGCUGAAAGUACGAGAUGCGCCUGAGUGUUCCAUAGGGGAAAAGGCCGAAAAGGAAGAAGGGCCCUAGCUUGCUUUAGGAAUUGGGCAUUUCAAACAUGUAGCAUGGAUGAUCAUGCUUGAGGAAGCACUGCAAUCCUGUGAAGAGGGGAGGGAUUUGACAUUCUGUCAUUGAGACAAUUUUUUUAGGCCUAUUCAACUGUUGGUACCCCUGAUUAUGUUGCUUCAGAAGUUCUGUUGAAGAAAGGAUGCGAAAUGAAAUGUGAUUGGUGGUCUCAGGGGGCUAUCAUGUAUGAGAUGCUUGUCGGAUGAAAUUAAGGCUCUCCCAUGGUUCGAAUGCAUUGAGUGGAAUAAACUAUAUCAGAUGAAAGCUUCAUUCAUUCCAGAAGUUAAUGAGGAAUUGGAUACUCAAAACUUUGAAUAGUUUUAAGAGGAUUUCUCCUUUUUAAGUUUAACCUAUUUUCUCCCAUCCUCCUUUUUUGGCUACUUUUCCUCAUAUUCUCAUCUUUUGCAGACUGACAAUCAAGUUCCUUCAGCAACAAAAUCAGGUCCCUGGAGGAAGAUGCUUACAUCCAAGGACGUCAACUUCAUGGCUUACACCUACAAGAACUUUAUAACUGUUAAUGACCAGGGAUAGUAGCUGAGCGGAAGAAGAGCAACAAACCCAAGAGACCUACUGUGAAGUAGCUCUUCACUAACAGAUGAGGAGUCAAUUUCAACAUCCACUCAACAAGACAAGGAAGCUUCCUUCAUCU